CGCCGCGUCGUCAGCGCGUCCCAGAACGCGCCGUCAAAUCCGCCCCACCUCCGCGCACAGAAGGUGCUCGACGACUUGCCAGCCAUGGACAGCGACGAUGAGAUGGUUGCCCUGCUGCUGGAGGACGAGCAAGCGUUCGACGACGACCUGCGGGAGCAUUUGCUGAUCAUCGCGUCCCUCCAGGACAUGCUUGACGCUGAGGCGGAGAAGAGGAAGAGGCCACGCCGCGGAGGAUCAAGGCCGGGAAGAAGGAAGUCGAAGCCCCGGCAAAGGAUGGAGGGGCAUGCCAUGCUGCACAACGACUACUUCGCCGACGGGGCAACACAUGCCGACAAUUUUCGGCGCCGGUACAGGAUGAGCAAGGGCCUGUUCAUGAAUAUCCUCCACGGCGUUCGAGAGUUCGACCCCCUACUUCAAGCUCAAGGUCGACGCUGUAGGCGUUCUCGGGUUCUCGUCCAUUCAGAAGUACACCGCCGCCAUGAGGAUGCUUGCAUACGGAGCACCUGCCGAUACACAGGACGACUACCUUCGCAUGAGUGAGUCUACUGCCAUUGAGUGCAUGUACAAGUUUUGCCGAGCUGUGGUGGGAAAGUUUGGCAAAUACUACUUGAGAGGGCCAACUGAGUAAGAGACUGCAAGGAUCAUGGCACAAAAUGCUGCCAGAGGAUUUCGUGGCACCUUGAUGUAGCA